UUUUCAUCUGAAAAAUAUUAUUUUUGAAAUCAAUUAAAAUUUCUAUUGUUUUUCAAAUCAUUUAUGUUUGAGAAAUCCUUCAAUAUGAACCAAAAACAGAGUAAUACAUUUCAAAGAAUGUUCAAAAACAUGUUUGACGACAGGGGCAGGAGCAGUGCCGGAAAGUCACACGAAUCGAGGGAGCAUCAAAAGGAGCGUAAGGACAAGGACCAGGAACGGAAAAGGGAACAAGAACGCAAAAAGCAGGAACACCAAAAACAGGAAAAGGAAAAGGACCAGGAGCGGCAGCGGGAACAUGAAUUCAGGAGCAGGGACAAGGAGGAACGCAAGCAGGAGAAGCACAUGCAUGACGACUCAGCCCAUAUGCAGGCCUCCUUUGGCGACUCCCCGGGCGAAAUGGAAAAGUUCGACUUAGAAUUCGAUCAGGAAAUGGAGAAGUUCGAUCAGAAGCUCUGCCAACUGGGAGUUCGUGCCAAAACUUUGGCCACCAUGUGGAAGGCCAAGCUCCGAGUUAAGCCACACAGCGUGGAGGAGGCCAGAUCCCGGAAUAUCAUUGCCAACUAUCUGACCAAGUGCAGUGGGGAAGGUGUCUUCGAGAUGGAGCCCUUUAACCACAUCCCACCGCCUCUGGAUUUGGUUACUCUUAGAAAUAAAAUGUUUCUGACGCGGGAGACCACAUGUCGCGCCAUUUCCUUGAAUACCCAAAAGGAUUCAAACUCCCACUUGGCCCAACUGCUUGCUAAUUCAUCUGAUGGCGGCGAGUUUCUAAAAGAACUACCUGUUCCACGUAAUGGAGCCUUUUUUAUCCUCCAUAUGCGUCCGAAUUAGAUACGUUUUCUACAAAUUUUACAACCAAAUUUUAAAUUUUAAUAAAGCCAAGUCGGAGUUUCUAUGUUUUAUGUUAAAAA